AUGGCACCGAAUCAGUUCUUGUUAACUGGCCGGCCGUCAAGCGGAGAUGCCGAGAACAUGAGCGAUUUUGUCAGGGGUCAAGUGUUAAAAAAAUUGCUAACCUUUUACGCUCCAUAUAGAUAUCAAAAGGCUACAGGAUAUGGGACUCAGUCGAGGGGAAAACUUAAUGAUAAGCGAUCAAAACGGGAAAAUAACGAAGAGUCAUGUGAUCACUUCAGCGUGGAGGCAAAUUGCUCCAAGUGUGGAUUCCAUGGUAUCUGCGAGCGCGGCUCGGCGAGAAUUUCUCCCUGGCUUUCUUUCGCCUUAAAGACACAACGGGAACUUCAAAUUGACGCCCCCAUUAAUCUCGUGCAAGUUCUUGGAGCUCAUAAUUCCUACAACAACAGAGCCAGUGGUUAUGGGGAUUUAGACGAUUGUCAUUGGCCACAUAGAGCAGAUGACGUAUGCAUCGCAUUUGCUAAUCAGGAGUUUAGUUUCACGGACCAGCUUAACAUGGGCAUGCGUAAUAUGGAGAUUGAUCUCUGGAAAUGUUUUAACAAAAUCCGCAUGAGUCACGGUAAUCAAAAUUUUUUACUUGGUUGUGUCCCAUGGGAUAAGGAAUUUGAGGAUGGAAUGAAAGAAAUCUCGGACUGGACUAAAAAACACGAAAACCAGAAUGAAAUACUUGAAAUCUUUUUCGAGGACCAUACAACCCGCGAAGAAGAUUCAUCGAUCAACCAAGUUAUUGAGGAAUACUUCGGCGACAGAGUUUUCACACCGAGUGAUUUAAAACAGAGGUUUGGCGAUAAAUGGCCAAAUACAAGACAAUUGCGUGAAAUGAAAAGAACAAUAAUUUUUUUGGACGGAAACAAUCAUUCAGCCCGUUUUCUUCAUAGUCAUUUCUGGAGCAAAAGUUACACUGUAAAACACUUUGACGCAGAUGUUAAAAAUUGUUCUUUUAAAGGUAAUAGUAAAGACAGUGUCAGAAUCUAUAGUGAUAGCACCGUGUACGGACCAGUGUAUAAUGGUAUUAGAAGCAAGGGAACAAUCAUGGAUUUCAAAAAAUAUCUAUUGUGUGGUGUCGGCGUUCUUGGCGCGGACCAAAUAAACGCUGAACUCAUGAAAACAGCUGUAUUCACGUGGGCUGAGGGUGAACCAAAACAGGCCAUUAAUGAAUCUUCAUGUGUCAUGCUCUCACGUGACAAGAGAUGGUAUGUGAGGGACUGUAACGAGGAACACUAUUACGCAUGCGUUUCAAAACAGCAGAAAAACCAUUGGAGUUUAAGCGCGGGAGUGGGAAAAUAUUCCAGUCCGCUGUGCGGAGAAGGAAUGGAAUUUAGCGUUCCAAAAAAUGGAUAUCAACAUCAACAGCUCUCUCAAGCAGCUCAAGGAAAGACUGUCUGGUUAAAUUUCACGCCAUUUAUAACCGGCAAUUUUUUUAUUUGGUCGAAAAGCGCGUUUAAGGUGUUUCACUCGAUGAUUGGUUAA